AUGGCAGAGGCAUUCCCAAGUCCUCCCCUCUCUCGCGGGCCGCCAAGCCCACAUAAGCGACGCCGCCUCCUUCGGGAUUCGGAGGAUAAUGAAGGCGAUAUGGACAUCGAGCAAUACCUACAUCGCACCGACCCAUAUCGAAGCAUCAGCUUCCCAAACCCCGAUCCGACGGCCCUCAAAGUCACCACUAUAACCGCUGAUGAAGAUCCUACACUACAUCUACACAGUGAGAUCUACAGCACCCUCGACCAGUAUGGUCUCCCAGCGAAGUCGCUUUUCCAUGUGGUGAAUGCAACCAUCCCCGGCGCUAGCUUUCCUCUACUUCGCGUUGUUAUUGCGGGUGAACCUUCGGCUUCGGCUUCGAUACCUCUAGGGUCUAUCAAAGACGAUCUCAUUACCCUUCUCAACUACCAUACCCUUUCACAGAUCCAGGUAGAGGUGAUCAACGGCGACCAUUUCUAUAUCCCUACUCUGUUCCCAAUCGAGUCAACAGACCAGCUUGCUAUCGCGUUCUACCAUCUUAAGGAUAAUAUCGUCUGGCUUCUAGACAAGGCUCUUGGAACCAGAUGGCAACUUGUCUCUCCAUUCAAUGUUGGCAAGGAUUCCCGUUCUGCGCAUGCAGCCCUUGUUAUUGGUGUUCUACCAUCAACACAGGCAAACUGGUUCCAGCUUCAAGCUCACCUAAUGUACCAGCUUUCAUCGCACAACCCGCCACUUUUUCCAGACAUCGAGUUUCUCGCUGGGAAACUCAGCCUCCUCGCGAAAAGUAAUCCAGUCUCAUUUAAGGAUCGUAUCGAAGGUACUAGGGAGAUUCAGAUGGGUUCCUCAAUCGGAAUUCGAGGAGAUAACAACGCUGGUACUUUAGGGGGCUUUGUCGAGGUUACAUUUGAUAGUGAGGUGCACCGUGGCCUCCUAACGAACUACCAUAUCGUGCGACCCUCCCCCCCAUAUAAUGACCUCGAUACAAUCGACCGUAAGGGCAUAUCUCCUGUCUCGUCUCCUAUCUCGUCUCCUGUCUCGUCUGUUCCCUUACAGGGGGCAAUCACUAUGGAAUCUCUCGCCCAGAUAGACUGUGACUAUACUUUAGGCGAUCUUGACGACCAGCUACGAGCCCUAGAGAGCCAGAGGGAUCGGGUCGUAGAGUCUAUCCAGAAACGACAGCUCGUUGGCGAGGAACCCCGCCCAUCCUCCCAGCAGCAGCUUGAGGCUAUUCAAACCUGGGAGAGAAAGCUGAUUGCGGCGCGCCCAGCAAUCCAGGCGAUGCCAUACGUUCUGGGUCACGUUCAUUCUGCGUCCGGCUUCCUAGUCAAUAGAGGACGUGUUAUUGAUUGGGCUUUCGUCAAGCUGACUCCGGAGGCUGAGAGCCGCUUCUUUAGGGCCAACCAAAUGCCCGAGGUCCCAAAGAACCAGAUGCCUCGAAGCAGCCCCUCCGGUCCACCUCCGGCUCUAGUUGCAGCAGGGACCCGCCUGGAUGAAUUUAGCUCUUUACAGAAAGGCACAUACUAUAUCAAACAAGGCCGCACCACCAACGUGACAGGUGGUGUGUGCAACGGCGUGGUGGCUGUUUGCAACUGGCAGACGCGAUACGAUAUCAAUGGCAACACGGUCAACGGCAAAGAUCUUCGUACGGAGGAGUUCAUGAUUGUAGGUGUUCAUGGAUCCUUUAUUGAAUCUGGUGACUGUGGCUCAUUUGUCGUGGAUUCGACCGGGGCCGUUGCGGGUCUCAUAUUCGCCGAGUACGAACACAACUUCCAGGCUGUCGCACUUGCAUUACCAAUCCCAGAUCUUAUAGACACAAUGAAGGCUCGACUCAAGGCUCCAGUCUCUGUACGCCUGCCAUAA